AAUGAGCGGGAGGAGACCCUCACCACCAAUGUCUGGAUCGAGAUGCAAUGGUCUGAUUACCGCCUUAGCUGGGACCCCGAGAAAUACGACAACAUCCAGCUGCUGCGGGUGCCCUCCACCAUGGUCUGGCUGCCCGACAUCGUCCUGGAGAACAACUCCAAAUCAGAGCCGGAGGUGGCCGUCGUGACCGGUGCCACACCGGCACCCUUUGCCCCUCCAGCCCGCUACGCGCCAGCCUGUGCCACCCCCUCAUCCCUCCCCAGGUCCCAGACGUACAGCGCCAACGAAAUCAACCUGCUGCUGACGGUAGAGGAAGGGCAGACCGUGGAGUGGAUCUCCAUCGACCCCGAGGCUUUCACAGAGAACGGCGAAUGGGCCAUCAAGCACCGUCCCGCUCGGAAGAUCAUCAAUUCGGAGCAAUUCACCCCAGACGACAUCCAGUACCAGCAGGUCAUCUUCUACCUCAUCAUCCAGCGCAAGCCGCUCUUCUACAUCAUCAACAUCAUUGUGCCCUGCGUCCUCAUCUCUGCCAUGGCCGUGCUGGUCUACUUCCUGCCCGCCAAAGCGGGCGGGCAGAAAUGCACAGUCUCCAUCAACGUCCUCCUGGCUCAGACCGUCUUCCUCUUCCUCAUUGCCCAGAAGGUGCCCGAGACCUCCCAGGCUGUGCCUCUCAUCGGGAAGUACCUGACCUUCCUCAUGGUGGUGACGGUGGUGAUCGUGGUGAACGCUGUUAUCGUCCUCAACGUCUCACUGAGAACGCCCAACACUCACUCCAUGUCCCAGAGAGUGCGCCAGGUGUGUCUGCACCUCCUGCCCCGCUACCUGGGCAUGCACAUGCCAGAGGAGACGCCGGGGCCGCCCCGGGCCGCGCGGAGACGCAGCUCCCUGGGGCUGAUGGUGAAAGCCGACGAGGACAUGCUCUGGAAAGCCCGGACUGAGCUGCUCUUCGAGAAGCAGAAGGAGAGGGACGGGCUGAUGAAAACCGUGAUGGAGAGGAUCGACAUUGCCAACGCCACGCGGGAGCAGAAUGACUUCAGCAGCGAAAGCGAAGAGUGGAUGCUGGUGGGACGGGUGAUCGACCGUGUCUGCUUCCUCAUCAUGGCCUCCCUCUUCGUGUGCGGCACCGUAGGCAUCUUCCUCAUGGCUCACUUCAACCAGGCGCCUGCCCUGCCCUUCCCCGGGGACCCCAAACAGUACCUGCCACAGUGA